AGGCAGGGUUCUUUGUUAGGAUUUUGACAAAUUUUUAUAAGAUUUACAAAUUUACCUUGGUAUUUGAUGAUAUUUUUGGCAGGUUUCAUUGUUUCAAGUCUCUUUGUACUUCUUUCGAUCGCUAGCUUAUAGACGGUCAUCUAUUGUAUGACUUGUGUCCAAUCAUGAAUCAAGAUCAAGAGCAGCCUGAGCAGAUGAGUAAUGAAGUACUUGGUGAUGAUGAUAUUGUUGGAGACUUUGAAGAUGAUGUGAUUGAAUUAACUACGAGAGAAGAAGAAAACGACUCUGUUUGUGUGGAGAAGGAGAAAGGGAAAAAUUCGAGAAAAGGCCAGAAGCGUAGAAAGACUUCAGCCGUUUGGGAUCAUUUUGAUGCCAUUCAUGGUAAGGAGGGUGAGAAGUUAAAGGCAAAAUGCAAGUUGUGUGGUGCUGUGUACUUGGCUCCAAGUACUUAUGGAACUGGAAAUUUGAAGCGCCACAUAGAAAAUUGUCCGAGGAGAAGCACUCGUGAUGUUGGGCAGAUGCUCUUAUCUAAAAGUCAGGGAUCUCUGUCUGUAAGUAACUCUAAAUUUUGUCCCAAAAAAUUUAGAGAACUGUUGGUUGCUUUGGUUAUUAAGCAUGAUUUGCCUUUUCGAUUUGUUGAGUAUGAUGGUUGGAGAGAGAUGAUAAAAUACUUGCAUCCUGAUGCACCUCUUAUCUCUAGGAAUACCCUUAAGGCUGAUUUGAAAAGUUUGCAUAUGAGGGAGAAGCAAAAAGUGAAAGUUAUGUUGAAAGGUUGUCCUGUUCAAGAUGGUUUGAAAGAGAUUAAUAGUGCACUUCAAAAGAUCCGUGACAGUGUGAAUUAUUUAGAGAUGAUUGAUUCAAACUAUCAGCAUUGCCCUACUGCACUUGAGUGGGAACAAGCUACUCAUAUAUGUAGUUUUUUGGCUCCUUUUUACCAUGCUACAUUUGCGUUGGAUCCUCGUUACAAGCUUGAACUUGUAAAUUUCUGUUAUACGAGGCUUUAUGGAGCUAAUAAUAGUAGAGAGUAUUGUCAUGUUCGUGACAAAAUGAUCUAUCUUUUUUUGGAGUACGGUGGUUCCUCAUCUACAUCUUCAAGCGCCAUAUCUCUUCAUUCUCUUGAUACAAGAAAUGUUAAUUCCCAAGCAUCCCAACCACAAGUCAAGGCUGUCAAGCGGACUUCCGCAACGAUGAAGGCGUUUAUUAAUUCUGGCGGGAAUGCUCAUGCAAAUAAGAGUCAAUUAGAAGUUUAUUUCGAUGAACCCAGACUGAUAAUUGCUGAGGGUGGAGAUUUUGACAUUCUUUCCUAUUGGAAAGGAAAUGAAUGUCGUUAUCCUAUUGUAGCUGCAAUGGCUCGUGAUAUUUUGAGCAUUCCUAUUUCCACGGUUGCUUCAGAAUCUACAUUUAGUGUUGGUGGACGUGUAAUUGAUCAAUAUAGGAGUUUGCUCAAACCUGAUAUUGUUGAGGCACUGAUAUGCACUCGGGAUUGGUUAUUUGAAGAGGAAGAAUUGACAAAAAUGAAUGUUGAAGAGCUUGAAGAAGAUAUUUUGACUUUGAAUCUCAAUUCCAAUGAUGUUUUGGUUCCAAGUUCAUCAGGAACAGCUUCUAUUAAUAUUCCUUGA